CGUACUGGGGAGGGAGAGGCGUUUUGGUCCAAGGGCACAGCUUUAAUUAAGUGUCAAUGGACAUGCGAGAAUUGGAGUGGUCAUGUCAGAGACACUCUGGCACACGCUGUAAUAUUCCCCUGGAAAAUGAUCUUGAUCAUAAUGGCUGAAUCGGAUGUAUGUAUGCUUAGGAUACUUUUUCACUCGGGACAGCAGUGCAGCCUAAGAUAAAAUAUAACAUUUUCUUAUUAGUAAUAACAUCAAUAGACAGCACACUGCAGGCUCUUGCUAUUAUAGAAGCACAUCAUUAUUCAAAUAUUGACAUUGUACAAUUUGUUCCUUCAAUCAUUUGUUAUCCACUGCACGCUAAGGUUAUGCAAGGGACAACUCACUACAACCUACAUGUAGUUACCUGCCUUUUUGACAUACACUAUCAGAAACAUGACAGUUGAUAGGACCCUGCAGAUUGCACCACUGGGUCUCUCUCCUGUUUGCUAUGCUAACACAGUUGACAGUUGCCCUGUUGGACACAAAGUUUACAUCCUUAUCUUUGCAUGUUGCUCUUUAAUAAACAGUACAGCUAGAGGCAGAAUGGUGCUAUAUUUUGGCUGUGGUUUGCUGCUGCUUACGUUACUUGUUCUGCCGGGGCUAUUGCUCGGGGACUUGGUAUUCCAUUGUCCGAGCUGCACUGCGGAGCGCCAAGCUGCAUGUCCUAAGCUCGCCACCAACUGUACUGAGAUAGUCAGGGAGCCCGCCUGCGGCUGCUGUCCGGUAUGUGCCCGGUUAGAAGGCGAAUUAUGUGGCGUCUACACACCGAGGUGUUCCACAGGGCUGCGUUGUUAUCCCACUGCAGAUUCAGAAUUGCCCUUGGACCAGCUGGUUCAGGGGUUAGGGCGAUGCUCACACAAAGUGGACCCGCUACCCAACCGCACUCAAGAGCACCAGGACACGAGUAUGGCGCUGCAGGGCACUGAGGGCCCCCCUCAGAAGAAGCCGACCAAAGAUGGCAGGCCCUGGAUGUGGUCCAAAGAGCUGGCCAUGAGGCAGGCCCAGAACGAGCUCAAGACCAAGAUGAAGAGCAACAACUGUCCCGAGGAACCUAGGACCCUGCGGCCCACGCAGAGCCCUUGUCAACAGGAGCUGGACAAGGUGCUGGAGGAGAUCUCCAAGAUGAGCUUCCAUGACAACAGGGGACCAGUUGAGAAUCUGUACCAACUCAAAUUCCCCAACUGUGACAGGAUGGGCCAGUACAAUCUCAAACAGUGCCACAUGUCCACCCACGGUCAGCGGGGCGAGUGCUGGUGCGUUAACCCCUUCACGGGUGUCCAGAUCGCCCAGUCUACCAAGGUGCGGGGGGACCCCAACUGCAGCCAGUAUGUGGAGGAGCAGGAGACGGAGACUGGGACACAGCCCACUGCCGUCCUGCAGAUGGCAGAGAUAUAACAGCCCUUCACACACACCCAGAUACCCCCCCGCAGUGGAACGGUCCAAAUUGACUGACAGCCGACAUUGUUGUCAUGUGCAUGGGUCACUUUCAAUGUAGCUCUUACGUUCCCGUCAAGAAAACCUAAAAUGUCGCUCAAACAGAAGGCGGAACUAACAAAGAGUCACUGACAACAACCAAAACAAAACAGGUGGGGUUUUAGGAGGGGUUCUGGAAGACACUC